AUGUAUAGGACCCUACAAGAAGGGUAGUUUGGUAAUUGUACCAAUAUAGCUCUAAUAUCUUAACUUUGCUCCACAUGAUUGAUAUAUAUAUAUAUAUACUCUCUAGAUCUAUUCCAUUUUCAUACCAUAAUAAUCCCGCGGUUUUCUUCUCAAGCUUUCUAUUUCUGCUUUGGUUCUCACGGUAAGUGUGGCGGCAUGGAGGAUGGAAAUUAUACAAGUGGAUUAUGGAGAACGAAAUCGGAACAACUAGAGUCGGUGAUAGAAGAUUUGAAGUCACCACCAGGAUCAAGUGAAUCGAAUGGAGUGGUGGACGGUGGUAGUGGGAGUCUUACAAGGAAGUCGGGCAAGAGGACGUCGCCCGGUGGAAGAAACGCGCACAUAAGGAAAGCGAGGAGCGCCCAAACAUCGUUGAAGGUUGAUUUGGAUGAGGUAAAUAGUGGUGCUGCCCUUAGUAGAGCUUCAAGUUUGGGACUCUCAUUCUCCUUUACUGGCUUCUCUGUUCCUCUUGAUGAAAUCUCUAACUCCAAACCAUUCAGUGAUGAUGAUAUCCCUGAGGAUAUUGAAGCUGGAAUUCAUAAGCCAAAGUUUCAAACAGAACCUACUCUACCAAUAUAUCUAAAGUUCACAGAUGUGACAUACAAGGUAGUGAUUAAAGGCAUGACAAAAAGUAAUGAAAAAGAUAUCUUGAAAGGGAUUACUGGUUGUGUAAAUCCAGGUGAAGUUUUAGCAUUGAUGGGUCCUUCAGGAAGUGGAAAAACAUCUUUGUUAAAUCUACUUGGACAAAGAUUACAUCAACCAACAAUUGGUGGAUCUAUUACUUAUAAUGAUCAACCAUAUUCCAAGUUCCUAAAAAGCAGGAUUGGAUUUGUGACACAAGAUGAUGUUUUGUUUCCUCACCUAACUGUGAAAGAGACAUUAACAUACGCGGCUCGUUUAAGGUUGCCAAAAACAUUAACCAAAGAGGAAAAGGAAAAAAGAGCUUUAGAUGUUAUCUAUGAGUUAGGCUUAGAGAGGUGCCAAGACACUAUGAUAGGAGGUUCCUUUGUUCGUGGAGUAUCCGGUGGAGAGAGGAAGAGAGUUUGUAUUGGCAAUGAGAUCAUAAUCAAUCCUUCUCUUUUGUUUCUUGAUGAACCGACAUCUGGUUUGGAUUCUACAACUGCAUUGAGGAUAGUUCAAAUGUUACAUGACAUAGCCGAGGCUGGUAAAACUAUAGUGACAACAAUUCAUCAACCAUCAAGUAGACUCUUUCACAAAUUUGACAAGUUGAUUCUUUUGGGAAAAGGGAACUUACUUUACUUUGGAAAAGCAUCAGAAGCAAUGGACUAUUUCAAGUUUAUAGGGUGUAGUCCUCUCAUUACCAUGAACCCAGCAGAGUUUUUAUUAGACCUUGCAAAUGGAAACAUGCUUGAUAUUUCUGUACCAUCAGAGUUAGAGGAUAAAGUUCAUAUGGGAAAUGUAGAAACUGAAGCUUCCAAUGGGAAACCCUCAGCUGCAGCUGUACAAGAGUAUCUGGCGGAGGCAUAUGAGACUAAAGUAGCAGAAGCAGAGAAGAAAAAGCUAAUGGUUCCAAUUCCUCUUGAUGAAGAAAUUAAAGCUAAGGUUUGUUCGCGUAAAAGACAAUGGGGAGCAAGUUGGUUAGAACAAUACUCAAUAUUGUUUUCUAGAGGAUUCAAAGAACGUAGGCAUGACUAUUUUAGCUGGUUGAGAGUCACACAAGUUCUUUCCACUGCAGUCAUUUUGGGAUUACUAUGGUGGCAAUCUGAUGCUAAUAACCCAAAGGGUCUUCAAGAUCAGGCAGGAUUGCUUUUCUUUAUCGCGGUGUUUUGGGGAUUUUUUCCUGUGUUCACAGCAAUAUUCACAUUCCCACAAGAGAGAGCAAUGUUGAAUAAGGAAAGAGCAACAGAUAUGUACAGAUUAAGUGCAUACUUUGUGGCUAGAACCACAAGUGAUCUUCCAUUAGAUUUGGUGUUACCAGUGCUUUUCCUUCUCGUUGUUUAUUUCAUGGCUGGUUUGAGACUCAGUGCAGGACCUUUUUUCCUUAGUAUUCUUACAGUUUUUCUCUGCAUUGUAGCAGCUCAGGGACUUGGACUUGCUAUUGGUGCUACAUUGAUGGACUUGAAAAGGGCAACAACUUUGGCAUCAGUCACUGUCAUGACUUUCAUGUUGGCUGGGGGUUUCUUUGUACAGAAAGUCCCCAUAUUCAUAUCAUGGAUUCGGUACCUAUCUUUCAACUACCACACAUACAAACUGUUGCUAAAGGUGCAAUAUGAACACAUAACACCUAGCAUAAAUGGGAUGAGAAUUGACAGUGGUAUCAAUGAGGUUGUUGCUCUAAUAGCUAUGGUUUUUGGUUACCGUUUAUUGGCAUAUUUUUCUCUACGGUGGAUGAAUAUUCAACCAUAGUUGGGAUUGCAAUUUUUACUUUUGAAGGGUUCAUAUUGAAUGACGGCUCACAAUAAUUGAUUAAUUAUAUCAUAUAAGGAAGGACAACACCAAAUGGAAGUGCCAAGCUUAAAUUUGUUUGGCUACAUUUAAUCUUGUGUAUAUUGUAUUUCAUUUUGGCAUGUUCUAAUAACAAAAGCACGUUCAAUGUUAUCAA